GUCAAAACGUCGUAAUUUCAUUUUAUUGCAAUCUCUUUUGAUACAUCGGAAAUUUUUUUAUUGCAAUCUAAUAUUGCAAUUUAAACCGAAAGGAUGAAAUACCAAGUAAGUCCAUAAUAUAAGCCCUCUUGGCUAAAGUUGGAAGACUAUCCGGCCUGGUAAUAAUCUGAAUUGGACCCGAGCAGUGGGCCUGAGCAAGGAAAUGAGCGGCCCCAUUAGCUUCCUGAAGAACAUGUCGAAAGGAAAUAACUUUCCUAUUCGCGAUCUGCUUAGUUUCCUGAAUUAGGUUUCUCCAUCUUCUCAUUCCAUCAACAGCCAGAUAAUCGACCGCCAUGGCCGAAUCGUUUUCAAUCUGAAAUUCAGUGAGGCCCUCACUCACUGUCCACCUUAAGCCAACCGAGAUGGCUUGUAACUCAACCUCAAGAGCACAAGAAGCAUCGAUGUCAAAGCUAGCUGCACUAACAAGCUCGCCCCUUCGGUUCCUUAAGAUAGCACCUCCUGAAGACAAACCAGGUAAAAACCGAGCAUCUGUGUUCAAUUUCAACGCCCCAAUAGGUCUCUGCCAUUUAAUAACCUGCGGUUUGUAGCCCCUGAAUCGGAAAUCAUUUCUGAUAAGCUGUUCUUCAUAAAGAACCUUAUCUACUGAACGAAUUUUAACUUCUUUUAAGGAGUGGGCCCAGUCUUGCGUGUAAAGUUUAAGAGCAUCUCCAAUGUGAGGCUUUUAACAUUAAAAAAUUGGUGACACAUGUCAAUAUAUGUAUGGAAUGUAUAUACAUGUAGGAUCAAUGUUAAAACUCAAACUAGAAAAGUAUUAAAUGGCUCCCCAAUGCAUGACGUUGUUGUUUAACCGUUUUGUAUAUGUGGAAUAUAUUUAAUUAUUUAAUAAAUAGAAACCCCAGAUUUUCCCUAGUUCAAACUCCAUCCCAGAUUCACGAUCAAGCAUUCAAGUCGUCGCCUAUUGGGGUAUUGCCAACAAUCCUCUUGCCAAGCUUUUUACUUUAGUUUGUUCUCUAAAUAAUUUCUCCUUGAUUUUCCCUUUUUGUUAACAAAUUUGCCCAUUGAAUACACAAUUUCUAUAUCUGUUAUUUCUAAUCUGCAGAUCACGUACUUCUUUGAAGCACUUUCUCCAGGCAAGGGAUCUUAAAGGUUCAAAUUAUAAUAAAUGUCAUUGUUGAACAAUGAAUCAGACUCUGGAAGCGGAACAUCAAGCACAGAAUCCCUCUCACUUGCUAAAAAGUUAUUUGAUGAGCCAUUGGAGGAGGAAGAUUUUUAUGAUGAAACAAAUAACAAUUUAAUUGAAGCGUGUGCAAUUCAUGUUCCUAUGAUAAUUUCAACAUUGUCUGUGGAAAGAAAGCUCCCACACGGCGGUUCAAAAUUCGGUAGAGUUUAUACUCGACGUGAUAGGAAAAAACGUCAUGAUAUAAUAUUUAGUGAUUAUUUCAUAGGUGAUCAGUCAAAGUAUACACCGGAUACUUUUAGGCGUCGAUUUCGAAUGAAUAUUGAUCUAUUCAAACGAAUUUUGCAAGCUGUUGAGGGUUAUGGAAAUUACUUCACCCAAAAGGUGGAUGCAGUUGGAAAUAUGGGGUUGAGUCCUUUACAAAAAGUGGUAGCGGCAGUACGCAUGCUUGCAUAUGGAUGUUCAGCUGAUUCUCUUGAUGAAUAUGUGCAAAUUGGAGAGAGCACUGCAAUUGAAAGUUUAAAGAAAUUCUGUGAUGCUAUAAUAGGAUUGUUUGAAAAACAAUAUUUAAGGAAACCAAAUAAAUCCGAUAUUAGCAUUUUAUUAGCAGAUGGAGAGUCUCGUGGAUUUCCAGGUAUGCUUGGUAGUUUAGAUUGCAUGCAUUGGCAUUGGGAAAAUUGCCCGACUGCAUGGCAUGGAACACAUACUAACGGUUUUAAGAAAGUUCCAACUCUUAUUCUUGAGAUUGUAGCCGGGCAUAAUUUAUGGAUUUGGCAUGCAUUCUUUGGCAUGGCUGGUACUAAUAAUGAUGUUAAUGUCCUCGAUAGAUCUCCCUUGUUUGACGAUAUCGUCAAUGAUAUUGCUCCGGCAUGUGAGUUCAUAGUAAAUGGUCAUCAAUAUAAUAUGGGAUACUACUUAUGUGAUGGUAUUUAUCCCAAAUAUGCCACUUUAGUCCAAACAAUCUCACAACCAUGUUCUAUGAAGGAAAAGUUAUUUGCAAAACGCCAAGAAUCGAUACGAAAAGAUGUCGAGCGAGCAUUUGGAGUGUUACAAAGUCGGUGGCGUAUAGUUAAAGGACCAGCACGUAUGUGGAGUGCAACAGAUUUGGGUAAAAUAAUGAAGACAUGCAUCAUUUUGCAUAAUAUGAUCAUUGAGGACGAAUGCAAUCAAGGAAUCAAUCCUGAAAACUGGCAACCAGAUAAAGAAGAAGUCCCUCAAAAUAUUACUUUGGAGCAUGAUUUUACUUUUCUCAUGUCGAUGAUGAAUAUUCGAAUGAAACAAAUACAAAGCAAAUCGACACAUAUAGACUUGAAGCGUGAUCUCAUCAAUCAUUUGUGGGAACUAUAUGGCAGCAACCAUGUUGAUUGAUUUAUCAGUCUUUUAUUCGAAAAAAUAGAUUAUUAAUUUCGUACUGCAUGUUUUUUAGUUUUUAGCUUUUUUUUUAUAUUAGAUGUUUUAAUUCAUAUUCUGCUUAUAAUAAAAUGUGAAACAAUGGAGUGUUAUAUUUUUAUAUAGUGAGAGUGAUUUAGUUAUAUUCUUAGUGAUUUAAUUAAAUAUGAAACA